CAAUUCCAAUUAUUGUGCCCGGCAGCCGUGUGUCUUGCCUUUAUUGCGCCCUUCCGGGUCAAACGCCUAUACAUGAAGCACUGUGCCGCCCGCUUCUAAGCUCGGGCGGGCAUCACGGUUUUGCGGCAUGGAAGCAGUAAUAAGCGCAUAGCAAUACCUAUCGCCGCCCACGCCAUCAUGGGCAACGCUCAGUCCAAUGAGGCGUCCCGGAAAUCAAGAACGUCCCAGAAGCUGUGCAAGCCGAAGACGGGCAACCAUGCGACAGCCGGUCUGUUGAGCCCGGCAUCUUUCUCAAACCGCUCUCGACGAAAAUCCAAUGCUCCAUUACCCCCGUUGCCUAAUCCUCCGGUGCCGUCCCCGACAGUCGCUUCAACGCCCACAACUGGGUCCGCUGUCGAAGCACCCGGUGGCCUUGACCAACGAGUUGACAGUGGAAUGUCUCUCCAUUCGGCUCCCUGCCUGCACCCAGAGUCGAAACGAAGGAGCAUGUUUCGCUCUAGAUCGUCACGGCACGCUAAUGAUCUUCAGCAAGACCAUGGCUCGCGGUUGGCGGAUAGGUCGGCGAGGGAGAGGGCUUGUUCUAUGACGUACGGGUCGGCGUUUGCGUGCUACGGGCAGGCUGGUACUGACAAUCAGCUAGCCAACUCCGAGCCCCGUACCUCAUUGAACUACAAUCCUACCUCAUACGAGGCAAAACGUCUGCUGAAUGUGGAUGAAGAAGCGAGCUUUGAACCGGCAGCAACAAUGUCGGAACACGAGAUGGCAAUGACCAAGGAGAGCUCGUGGAGUAACUCGGAAUGUCCGCUCAGCGCCCCGAUGACUCGUGUGAGUUCGGAUGUGUCGUUGUAUAUGCCGGUUCGGAGGCGAUCCAUCAUACAAACACCCGGUGUGGCCACCCGGUUGGUUUCGGCCCACGAUCUUCCGCAAUCGUCCCAGUUGAACUUUCGCCAUAGCCAUCCUCCGACACCAAGCUUAUCCCGCCAGCAAUCGGUGGAGUCGUACAGGAGCGGUAUUAUGUCAUUGCCGCCGCGCGUUCAGGACGCGGAGUCGGGCGCGCGAGUAGACACUCCUUGCGAAGACCAUUAUCUGUCGAUCGGCGCUUUUAAGCUUGGGUCACUGCGUAUCACCAAUGGCUCCCCAAGUCCCAUCAGCCCGGGAAUCGACGGGAAUCGCGGAGACGGUGGCGCGGGUGAAGGCAAUGUGCUCUCGGAAGACGGCUAUUUUUCGGGGAAGGCGGGUGAGCAGUACGGUAUCACGACGUCUCCGGCGACACAACUUCCUGUGCAGUGUCCGCUUAGCCCGUCCGCUUCACCGGUCAUUCGGCCGCAGCCCACAAGCCCAGAACUGCAAACAACAUCGAAAGCAACGGCUCAAGAGGACGAGCUGUUCGAUGACGAGAAGGAACUUGAGUACUCCUCAAGCGAGGUCUUGGAUGUCCGGUUGGACCACAAUGCGAAGCCGCCUCACCAGCAGGCUAAGUGUGAUGUGGACAGUUCAAUCAGCAGAACUGACAGUGGCUUUGUGUCGACUACAAGCCCAUCAUCUGAGAGUCCCCACAAGUCGUUAACAAAGGCAGACUCUGGAUACAGCUCCAAUGUCUCCCUGCGCUCGGUCCAAACCAAGGUGCAGACCUCCGAGAACCAGGUGGCAUCAACAACAGCAUCCUUGGAGAAGCAACUAUCGCACUCAGCGGACCAUAGCAGCGCGCCAUUCGGUUCGGAGAGCCAUACCUCGGAACAAACAGCGCUGUUGUAUACGGACAUCUUUGAAGGAGAAUCGGAUUCUGCUCCGCCUCUCGUCCCGCCUAAAGAUGCCGCCCGGAGCCAGCCGAGCCCGAAUGGUGUUGCCGGGAAAGCCAUUUCGACGCAUGACCCGGCAGAGAACAACGAAGCAAAGACGCCGAGGACAAAGAAGCAGGUGCCAAACCUCGGUAUCCGAAGCAUGAAAUCUUCAACGUCCAACAAUCCGAGCUCGGCCCACAGCAGCAAUGGCGGAUCGCAGAAACCUGGUAGGCUGCAGUGGCUUUUGAGCGGAGGGCGCCGGACAACCAAUGGGCCCGCUCUAGUCAAUAUGACGCGCUCGGUCCAGUAUAGCGAUAUCCUGCCCGUUCCCCGUAAGACGGGGCUCAAAGUCCGCGAGCAUACUGGCCAUUCCCCCUCGGCUGCGAGGAGGCUCGCCUUGAAAUCACACUCUAGCAUGGACACGCUGAAGACGAUACUCAGCGUGGGCAGUAUGGAAGCUAGCGUCGACCCUACGCACCCCGUGCAGACCGCGGGUACCAUGCAAGAGUCCGAGAACAAGGAUGGGCUCUGGAAACAGACCCUGCACUCAGUGCCAACUUCGAUUGCCAACGCUGCCGCCUAUGUUAUCCCCAGAAAGUCUACUUCCCGGAAGCCGGUGCCAACCCCUGAGGAGGUAGCGAGAGAGCACGAAAGGGAUGUCAGCAAUGGCCGUGGGAGGGAUACCCGUGAUGUUGUUCCUACGUCUCCGGUGGUUGCCCGUGCUCCCGCUGGGAUCAGACAGUCGAGAGACAGGACGAUGAGCCUCACACUCAUCGAGGAGCAGGGGGUGAAGGCGAAACGUCGUAUGUCGGAAUUUCACUUGAGUCGCUCGUCGAUAGAUCUUCCGUCAGCUCCUCUUCCCAGUCCAGUUGCCAAAGCAGUUGCAAUGGAGAACAGGGCAGAGACGUUUCAGUCCGUCAACAGGAAAUCAAGGCAGCCAUAUCCACUUCGCGUGCCAGCGCCGCUACGGUCACAGAACUCCGCCUCCAGUCUCAGUCACAAAGCCAGCCGGGAAAGCAUCCAGGGCUAUCCAGCUAUCCACACCGUUCCAGUCAACGCUAGCGUGGACAGUCUUCCGAGGCAUUCUUCGAGCCAAAUGACACCCAGCGGAGUUUCCAUGGACCCGCGGCGCCUCCUUUCAUUCCGGCAAUAUCAUCACGUUCAGUCUCCGACGCACAACGCUCUGGACUUCGAUUCGCAAGCGAACGAUAGCACGGCCCGGCAGGCUUCUCGAAUUUCCACAGCCAGCGGCAGCCGGCGCACUUCCAUCGAGUCAGUUCGAAGUGACGGCGGUUACCACCAGAGCAACGCCCACGCAUGGCAAAAUCAACAGCAGCCCCUAAGGCACCGGGCAAGCUAUGAUGGCUACAGCAAUCAGAGCCGGCUUCCGCGGUACGGGUAUCCCCCGUCCAUGUCCAACGGCUAUACAGCUCCGGUGAAGCCAGCGUAUGGGCCCCAGUCAUUUCUUGCUGCCACCCAGAGCAAGAGCCGGGUUGAUGCAGCUGCCGGUCAGUGGUACCAGAGCGAGUCGUCUCAACCGCACCUGCCCCACGGCCACUACCGGCACCGCAGCACCGGUAACUGGAAUGGAUAUGGGCCGAAUCCUCCUUACCGUGUGCUGCAUAGCUACAACUCGCCCGCGUACCGCAACGCGCCAAUCUGGGGCUAAGCACGCCACGGAACCCUUUUAGGAUCUCAUUACGUAUUACGCCCGUUGCAUCAGUCGUACUUUAAUCUGCGUAGUUCCAUCCGACGGCACCCCCCGCUGCGCGUCCUCCUACUCGCUCGACGCGACUAUUCCCUUACGUCUAUUGGCAAUCAUAUGGAAGCCGUCUCACCCACAAAGAUGGGCAAAAAAUCGGCUGAAUUCAGUGUGGACUCUCAAGUCAGCUUUGAGUCAGAUGGAGGAGACAAGAAACUCGGUUUCAGAGU